AUGGUGAACAAAGCUAUCAAGAAUAUUGUGGACCAAAAUAGAGUCUCCACUUUGUUUCGUGAUACCUUUACUGGUCCAACUUGUCUGUACCAUUGGCUCAAUAAUAGAAGACCCCCACGAUUUCUUAGAAGGAAUUUAUCAUAUUUGCAACAAAAGCCCAGUAAAAAAUUGUCAACCAAAAGGUCCAAACAUAUACAAGAGAGAAAGGGAAUUACACUUGAUGAAUUGUUUGAAGGUCGAGAAAAAGAAGAACAAUUUCUUUCUACUAGCCGAAUUAAACGUGCACUUCAACUUACUUUUGAAGGAUUAGUCGUUCAUACCAACCAAGUGUCAGAAGUAGAACCUUAUCUCCAAUUGGAAUGUGAAAUUACUCUAUAUAAAAUUAAAAGGGACCAUUCAAAGAAACGCAGGUUAAGCAACGGGAAAUGGGAAUCGUGUGAAUAUAGGCAAAUCUUCCGCACCUUAAUUCAGAUGAUUCAUGGCGAGGGUGGCUGUUAUGUUAAGGAUCUUAAAUCGCUUCAACCUUACGUUACUAGCUUUGAUGAUGCAGGAGAACCUGUUCAAGACUUGGUCCUCAAUUUUCGCGUUUAUUCCAUCAAUAGCCAGACGUGGCCUCCAAAUACAACUUUGUCAUCGUCUCAAAUUCCAAUAAGUAAUGAGCACGGAAAACUGAAUCUCGCAUACAACCUUGGUGACUGUACGCGUCGAACUCUGUGUAAUCAAUUGGAAGUAAUUGAAAAUGGAAAGUUUAUCAAGGAUGGACAAUAUGAUGUAAAUCUGGGACUAGUGCGUGAACAAGAUUCCAUAAUACCUUCUAAUUGGAAGAUACGUUUCACUCUUUAUUGGGAUUGUAAAGUACAUCUUCCAUUGAGACCUAUAGAGACCAGCCCAUUGUCAAUCUCUAAUUUUCAUCAUGACGAAUUACCGGUAACCUAUAUAUACCGUGUGGCUGAUUGUUCGUUGACUCAAGUUGUUAAAGGAUUUCGAUGUCCAUGGUGUUCUCAUCUUCGAUUUAAGGAUAGUGGGAGCAUGAUGAUUCAUCUUCGUUGUAACCAUAUUCACCUAAAAUUCGGAACAAAGAUUGGCAGACAAUUACCGAGCGAUCGUAUUAUAAUCGUGAGUUCAAACGAGGAUUUUUCAGAAUUUGAUUAUUUCAUAAUUGAUAAGAAGGACGGUAGUUGGACUGUAAGGCCGUUCAUAUAUCCGAUCAAAAGACAUCAAUCUACUUCGCAACUUCCACUUGCGUUAUUACCUACCAAUAAUUUUUAUCAUUCUCAUUCGUUCAUGCCAUUCCAAGAGGGUGAUGUCGACUCCGAGGAUGAAACUUGCACACAUUGGUUAGAACAGCUCAAUGAUGAGACUUUGGAUGAACUUUCUGAUGCGAGCGAUAAAGAAAAACAAAUGAUGAAAAUCUGGAAUAGAUAUAUAGAACCACAAAGGGGACUCGCCGAUCGUAAUCUCCCUGACGUAUGUCUACAAUUUGCCAAGACACGCGCCCGUCAAAUUGCUGAACUAGAGUUGAGAAAUGAAUUUGCUUUUCAUUUACUCAAUAUCUUGGAAUUCAAACUGAUCGAUAGUGCAUGUGUCACAAAAUGCUUAGGAUUAGUAGAUAAAGUCAUUAGCAAGAAGUGUUGA